AUGGCCCUGACCCUGCUGCUCCUCACCUUCCUGGCCUACUUGACAGGUAGUUUUGUGCUGAGUCAGAUCCCCUCUGUGUUGGGGUCUCCAGGGCAGAGGGUCACCAUCUCUUGCACCCGCAGCAGUGGAGAUAUCAGUUCCUACUAUGUGGACUGGUACCAGCAGCGCCCUGCGAGUCCCCCCACAAAUGUGAUCUACAAAGACAAUAUCCGACACUCUGGGGUUCCCAGUAGGUUUUCUGGGUCCAUCGAGAGUUCCUCCAAUGCUGCCCACCUGACCAUCUCUGGGGAGCAGCCUGAAGACGAGGCUGACUAUUAUUGCCAGUCGUAUGAUAGCAGCUAUAGUCCCCCAGUGCUCCAGACCCAUGGGGAACUGAGACCCAAACUCCCCAGAACCCUCAUGUCCCACCAACUCAGCUCUGUCAGCCCAGGAAAUUGUGAGAAGGAGUGCUUUGCAGGAGAGACACCCCUUCAAGAAAACAACCUUAAAUCUGUUCUGCAGACCAGCCACCCCAGUGCUCACCAGGUUCAGGAGACUGUUGAGGAAGUACCAAUGAAGCUGAGUACCUUCAUCAAUUUCCCCCAGAAAGCUUUGAUGGUGCGCUAUGAGGACAAUAACUCUCCCAAUAUGGAUGUUUUGGAGCUCAAGAAUCUGCUUCUAAGAUUCAGCUUAGGAGCUGUUACAACUGUCCUAGGACAGUAG